AUGGCGCUAUCCAGGGUCCUGAAGUGCCUCUAUCCAGGUGCUGAAGAGAAGGUAGACCGCAUGUGCGCCUUUCACACGUGUCGCUGUCCAGGAUUCCAGCUGUUCGACUGUGCUGUAACAGAUGUCAGUGUUUAUGUUGCUGUUGUUGCUGCUGUGUGUUGCACAGGGGGAACGUGUGUGGUGAACCCCACCGAUCUGUUCUGCUCAGUACCGGGCCGUCUAUCGCUGCUCAGCUCCACCUCCAAGUACAAAGUGACUAUCGCCGAGGUGAAAAGAAGACUGUCUCCUCCAGAGUGCCUCAACGCUUCUUUACUGGGCGGAAUAUUACGCAGAGCAAAGUCUAAGAACGGAGGUCGGUGUCUUCGUGAGAAACUAGACCGAUUGGGCCUCAACCUGCCGGCCGGCCGGAGGAAAGCUGCCAACGUCACGCUGCUCACCUCUCUGGUGGAAGGUGAGGCGCUGCACCUGGCAAGGGACUUUGGCUACACCUGUGAGACAGAGUUUCCCAGCAAGGCGGUGGGCGAGCACUUGGCGAGGCAGCACAGCGAACCGAAAGAGACCAGCGCGCGCAAGAAGAUGGUUCUGGCAACCAAGCAAAUCUGCAAGGAGUUCCAGGACUUACUGAGCCAAGAUCGUUCUCCUCUGGGCUCAUCCAGACCGACCCCCAUCCUGGACCUGGACAUCCAGAGACACCUCACACACUUCAGUCUGAUCACUCAUGGGUUCGGCACGCCGGCAGUCUGCGCGGCUCUCAGCACCUUCCAGACGGUCCUGAGUGAGAUGCUCAACUACCUGGACAAGAACACCAGCGGGAAAACCAGCGGCCCCACCGAUCAACAGAUCAACAGCAACUCAGAAAAGACGCAGCUCCGGAAAACAGCCGAGCCCCAGAGCAAAGACGGAAAAACAGAAAAGACUGAGUAGCCCCCACCCACCACGGUCCCUGUGCCUUGGAGCGCUGCAUUUAGGAGUGUGUGUGUGUGUGAGUAAGUGUGUGUGUGUGUGUACACGGGGUUUGAUACUCCCGUGCAUUUUUGUGUCUUCACUGGAACAAUUCCUAUUUAUUGUUAUUUAUUUACAUUAUGUUGGAAUGGAACAUUUUUAGACGUCCCACAUUCUAAUGAGGGAUUUGAACAUUAUCUGUGUGUGUGUGUGUGUGUGUGUGUGUGUGUGUGUGUGUGCCUGUGACUCAUCCGAGACGUAUUUAUUUAUUCUGAAAUUGGAGAGGAAAAUAUGAACAUAAUUAACACAAAACUGUUCCAGAACAGGAGUGGUAAACAACACACACACACCAACACACACAAACACACACACACACACCAACACACACAACCCAGGGAUUUGAAGUUUAUCACCUGACAAAGUUCAGCAAAUUUAAAUGACGUGACAUCAGCAGGGAUGUAACGAUAUUCUGACCAAAUACAAUGAUCCUUUUUAUUUGUAAAAAAAAAAAACUAUGCAAAAAUACCUGAAAUGAUUGUGAUCUUCAAUUAGAGAAUAAAAAAAAAAAAGCACAUUUUCUUACAUCCCACGUCAUCAGUGUCAUCGUGACAUCACUACCUUGGAGUACAGGUCUGGAUGGAGAUACAGAAGUAAAGUCAGUUUCUACACGUCAGAUA